AUGCGGCCUGACACUCCCAGCCUUGUCCUAACGGCUGUGUCAGUGUCGCUGGUAAGCGCACUACGCAUUGCCCCUGGAUCACCGUGUGCCAGAUAUUGUGGCAAUGUGCUCUCGUCCACGGCCAAAGACGAGAUCCCUUGCGACACAGCUACCAUCAAAAAGACUUCGACGGGCUUCGUAUGGGAGCAGUGCAUCCAAUGUCUAGCUACCAGCACCUACGUCGCGGAAAACAAGGAAACGGACCUGCAAUGGCUACUCUAUAAUCUGAGGUUGAAUUCACUUCAUUGCUUCUAUAACGGGCCAACCAACCCGUGUGUGACACGGCUUGCUUGCGGAGAGCUCCAAGAUGCGAUCACGUAUCAAAACUUCUCGACCUCGGUGGGGGCCUUUGAUUACUGCCGGAACUGGGAGCAGGACAUGCUGCAUAACAACUGUGCCCCGUGCCUUGCUCAAAUGGAUGACGGCAUCAUCAAGAGCAAUUACAUGUUGAUCUUGGAGGCAGCAUGCGAGCAAAAGCCCGAAUCUGGCAGGACGCUUUCCAUCGAAGGUGACAUCUUUGGCGAUAAGCAAAUUAAGAUCGUUCCGCCAGAGCCAGCACUCUCGUCUCUUCCAACACCCGACUACGGUCCUGUCUCCCUCGGCGCUCGCGUCGGCAUUGCAUUCGGAGGAUUAGCUUUCAUCUUGGCUCUGACCGGCUUUUGUAUCGUCAUGAAUGGUAAGCGGAGGCGCAAACGUUUCCUUCGCGAGCUCAAGGCUCGGCAAGCUGGAGAAAGGGGAGCAGGAGGAGGUCAGAAUUGGUCUCACCCCAAGACCCGAUAUGGCGGCAGCCCUAGCUCUGGUCCGGACAUGUUUGAGACGCCCGUCAGCCAACGUCCCCUUCGCAGCUGGGACAAUGAGAGCCCCGUGAGCGCCGGCACUGACGGCCCGUUCCCUCGCUACUUCAGUCCUUAUACGAGCCAGUUCAACAGCCCCGUUUCUGUGUCAACUACUGCCAACUGGCCUACUGUGCCGCUAACGCAGCAGCAGAUUGACCAGAUGAUGGCAGCGCUAAAUCAGCAAUAUCAAACCCAACAACUGUCAUCAUCACCACCACCACCACCACCACCACCACCACCGCCAUCACCGCCACCACCGCCACAGCAACAACAACAACAACAACAGCAACAACAGGGGUGGCCAACAGCAUCUCAGGAGAAGAUAUUCAUGCAGAUGCAAGGACAGCGUGAACAGCAGAUGGGUAAUGGUCUUGGAAUUGUCCUUGGUGGUGAGGAUGCCAACCUACAAUCAAAAACAUCAAAUCAAAGCCUUGGCAACACCAUCCGCAUAAAUCUCGACAAUCUUAAUGAGAAUGGGUAUCCGAUCGAGUCGAAGGGGAAGGAGCCUGAGAGAGGGGUGGAGUUGUACGAGUUGCGUGAGGUGGAGAGUCCCUAUGGGGGAAGUCAGGGACGGCAACAACAGCAGCAACAAGGAGCCGUAGGAACAUAUGCCUAUAGUACGCCCUCAUUACCUCAGGCAAAAGUCCCGGUGCUCCAACACCCCGGCCUCGCCAACGCGCAAUACCACAGUCCCAUCAUUGUCAAGAUGUCGGGCUCAGCUGCCAUCAUGAAGGCCCCGGCCAAGUCGGAGUUCAUCAUCAAGCCUGAGAACACCAAGGCUGAGGUCGACACCAGCAACUGGCCUGGUCUCCUCAAGAACUACGACAAGAUGCUGAUUCGCACUUCUCACUUCACUCCGAUCCCCGACCAUGGUUCUGCUCCCUGGAGCCGUGAUAUAAAGUCUUACGUCUCGAGCGGUGUCAUCAACCUCGACAAGCCCUCCAAUCCCUCCUCUCACGAGGUUGUCGCUUGGAUCAAACGCAUUCUCCGAGUUGACAAGACCGGCCAUUCCGGUACUUUGGAUCCCAAGGUCACUGGCUGUCUCAUUGUCUGCAUCGAUCGCGCCACGCGUCUCGUCAAGGCCCAGCAGGGUGCGGGCAAGGAAUACGUCUGCUGCAUUCGCUUCCACGACACUGUUCCCGGCGGCGAGCCUGCUUUUGCUAAGGCCCUUGAAACCCUGACUGGCGCACUGUUCCAGCGUCCCCCGCUGAUUUCUGCUGUUAAGCGCCAGCUCCGUAUCCGCACGAUCCACAAGAGCCGUCUGCUUGAGUUUGAUAACGAGCGUCAUCUCGGUGUUUUCUGGGUCUCUUGCGAGGCCGGUACUUAUAUUCGUACUUUGUGUGUCCAUCUUGGUCUUCUGCUGGGUGUCGGCGCCCACAUGCAGGAGUUGCGCCGUGUUCGUAGCGGUGUUAUGUCUGAGGACGAUGGGAGUCUUGUUACUCUGCACGAUGUUCUCGAUGCCCAGUGGCAGUAUGAUAACAACGGCGAUGAAGCUCUUCUCCGCAAGGUUAUCCAGCCUCUUGAGACCCUGCUUUGCACAUACAAGAGGCUCGUUGUCAAGGAUACAGCCGUAAAUGCGGUUUGCUAUGGUGCGAAGCUCAUGAUCCCGGGCCUCCUGCGUUACGACCAGGGCAUUGAGCAGGGAGAAGAGGUUGUGCUUAUGACCACCAAGGGUGAGGCUAUUGCCAUUGCUAUUGCUCAGAUGGGCGCUGUUGAGCUUGCUACUUGUGACCAUGGUUGUGUCGCCAAGGUCAAGCGUUGCAUCAUGGAGCGCGACCUGUAUCCUCGCCGCUGGGGCAUGGGUCCUGUGGCCAGUGAAAAGAAGAAGCUCAAGGCUUCUGGCCUUCUUGACAAGUAUGGCCGUCCUAACGAGAAGACCCCGGCUUCCUGGCUCCAGAGUUACAAGGACUACAAUGUUUCCUCUUCGGAGGCUCCUGCCCUCCCGGCUCCGGCUGGUGCUGAUGCCGCUGCUGCCCCUUCUACUCCUGCCCUUCCUGCUCCGGAGGAGAAGAAUGAGUCUGAAGAGAAGUCUGCCGAUGCUAGCGACUCUAAGAAGCGCAAGAAGGAUGAGACAGCUGAGGAGAAGGCUGAGCGCAAGCGCCUGAAGAAGGAGAAGAAAGAAAAAAAGGAGAAGAAGAAGUCCGACAAGGAUGAGUGA